GCCACCCAGCUCUUCCGCGGUCUCCCUCUGCCUGGCGGCAGUCUCGGCCAAGAACCUACAUUAAGAAACACAUUCAGAUGCGUCAGCCAUUUGUAGAGCGCCUGUCGUGUGCCAGGAAGUAUUAUGAGGGAGGCCGAGGACUUCGUGCUCCGGACAGAGAAACGGCGCUGGGCUUAGGGGUUGCCACUUCUGAGAGGAUGCUGGGCAUCUGCAGAGGGAGACGGAAAUUCCUGGCUGCCUCGCUGAGUCUUCUCUGCAUCCCAGCUGUCACCUGGAUCUACUUGUUCGCUGGGAGCUUCGAAGAUGGAAAGCCGGUGUCUCUGUCUCCGCUGGAGUCCCAGGCGCACAGCCCCAGGUACACGGCCUCCAGCCAGCGGGAGCGCGAGAGCCUGGAGCUGCGCAUGCGAGAGGUGGAGGAGGAGAACCGGGCCCUCCGCAGGCAGCUCAGCCUGGCCCAGGGCCGAGCCCCGGCCCAUCGCCGUGGCAACCACUCCAAGACCUACUCCAUGGAGGAGGGAACUGGGGACAGCGAGAACCUCCGGGCUGGCAUCGUGGCAGGCAACAGCUCUGAGUGUGGGCAGCAGCCGGUCGUGGAGAAGUGCGAGACAAUCCACGUGGCUAUCGUCUGUGCCGGAUACAAUGCCAGCCGGGACGUCGUCACCCUGGUCAAAUCCGUCCUGUUUCACAGGCGGAACCCUCUGCACUUCCACCUCGUCGCUGACUCCAUCGCGGAGCAAAUCCUGGCCACGCUCUUCCGGACCUGGAUGGUGCCCGCCGUGCGCGUGGACUUCUACAAUGCGGACGAGCUCAAGUCUGAAGUUUCCUGGAUCCCCAACAAACAUUACUCUGGGAUUUAUGGUCUGAUGAAGCUGGUCCUGACCAAGACUCUUCCUGCCAACCUAGAGAGAGUCAUCGUCCUUGACACGGACAUCACCUUCGCAACCGACAUUGCGGAGCUGUGGGCUGUGUUCCACAAGUUCAAAGGAUUCCAGAUCGACCUGAACACCAAUUCUGUGAACGUGUGGAAAGUCCGGUGA